AUGGACGUCCUCACCUCAGCCUUCAGCCUCUCCUUCUCGCUCACCAGCCUCCCCGCCUACGCCUCGGUCGCGCUCAUCGCGCUCGUCGUGCUCUACGCCCGCUCGCUCGCCGCAUGGCAGACGCGCGCGCGGGCCGCCCUCUCCCCCCGGCCCGCGCGGACUCCCUUCGUCGGCAACCUGUUCGACAUGCCCCGCGUCCGUCCGUGGGAGGGCCUGCGCGAGCUCAGCGCGAAGUACGCGGAUGGUAUCCUGGGCAGCGCCGAGGUCAUGCUCGAGUACCUCGAGAAGAAGUCGGCGACGUCUUCGGACCGCCUGCAGAGCCCGAGCGUGCUCCUGACGGGCCACGGGGACGCGUUCGGGUUCAUGCCGUAUGGUCCGCGGUGGCGCGCCAACCGGAAGCUCUUCUCGCAGUUCUUCAACCCGACCGGGAUCGUCAAGUACCGCGGCGCGCAGCGCGCCGUCGCGCACGAGCUGCUGCAGCGGCUCCUCGCCGAUCCGUCGACGGAGCACCGCGACAGGCAGGUCGAGUUCUCCGUUUCGAACAUGCUCCUGCGGAUUGUGUACGGCAUCUACGCCUCCGAGGAGGACCAAGCCAUCCUCGCGGUUGACGCCGGGGUGCGCGGCACGCGCGAGGUCAUCCUCGCCGGCGGUUUCAUCGUCGACUACUUCCCGGUCCUUCAACACCUCCCCUCGUUCGUCCCGGUCCAGCGCAAGUUCGCGAAAUGGCGAGGGGCGCUGGAGAAAAUGACGGCGCUGCCGUUCGCGCAGUUCAUGAGCCAGGAGGUCAAACCGGAAUGCGUCCUCAACGAUAUGCUCGCUGUCGUGGACAAGGGCGCCAAGGCUGAUCCCGAGGCGCAAGGCCUCGCCCGAGACGUCGCUGCGGUGGUCUUCUCGGCGGGCACUGAUACUACUGCGUCAACCAUCAAGUCUUUUUCCUCGCGAUGGUUCUAUGUACCGCUGGAUGCCGGUCCCCCCAUCGGCGUCCCGCACCUCACGACGGAGGAUGAAGAGUUCGGUGGCCACUUCAUCCCCAAGGGCACGUUGCUGGUGCCGAACGUCUGGGCAGCUCUACACGACCCGGAGGUUUACGAGCGCCCCGACGACUUCUUCCCUGAGCGGAUCUGCCCCGGAAGGUUCUUCGCGGAGGCCGUCCUCUUCAUCAACAUCGCCAUGAUCCUGCACACCUUCAACAUCACUCCGCCGCUCGACGAAGCGGGCCACGAGAUCAAGAUCAUACCACGGAUGGGGAACGGUGCCGUGUCGAUCCCGGAGGAUAGCCGCUGCGCGCUCAAGUGCCGUUCAGCCCAGGCGGAGGCGCUCAUCAUGGCUGAGCUCGUUUGA